CCCUUUGGCCACGCCCCCUGCCCGGGUGGGCGUGGCCCCUCUAUCCCGCCCCGCUGCGCGCUGACGCCAGGAGGGGCGGGGCGUGCGCGCUCCCGGCAAGGCCGGUACUUCCGGGUUCCCCGAGCGGAGACGCGGAGCCGUGCCCCCCAGUUCCCCCCGUCGAUGGAUGUGUCACCUGGCCUGCGUCACCUGCCCACCGAGUCACCCGGGAACCUCCAGCGCCGGGAAUCCGAAGUGACACCAAAUUCAGGAGUGUAAAUACGGGAUUGUUUUGCCGCACGCACUGGGGGUUUCACACUUUGCCGUUGCACGGUGGCUCCGUCGGCCGCGACGCCGGGAACAACCAACCCCGGCUUCACCUGCGAACCGCAGCUUGGUGCAGGACAGGCAGCGGGCUGAAAGAAAUUGGCGGUUUUUAAGUGUUUAAGAAACAUUUGGGCCAUCAACGUGGGAGCUCGGUGGCUCCCGGGCCUCCUGUUUGGGUCCUGGAGGGUUUCAGCGGCGACUCAUCUCCAUCCAGCAGCAGGUGAUAUGUGAAGGCAGCACGGGGAGCGGCGGCAGCCGAGAUGCAUUCGAGCCACACCGGUGACCCCAAGGAAGCCAUCCAGCUGAUCAAGAAGCAGCUGGUGCGGGCCGUGAAGGCGCUGCAGAAGCGGUACGCCAGCUCCGACGCCGCGGUCACCAGCGACGACGGCGACGCCAACGCGCUGUGCAGCGCCCUGGAAGCCGCGUUCGUGCACGGGCUGAAGGCAAAACACAUCAAGGCCGAGAGCGGCGGGAAAGGGAAGAAAACAGGGGGACGGGGACCCCUUCCCCAGCCGGUUUUCUGGGGGCUGCUGAAGAGCAUCACCCAUCGAAACACCAUCUCGGAGCUGGAACAGCUCAUCUUCAUCAACACAGACGUGGGGCGGUGCCGGGCAUGGCUGCGGCUGGCGCUGAACGAUGGGCUGGUGGAGUGUUACCUAAAGCUGCUGCUGCAGGACCGGGCCCGCCUGCCCGAGUAUUACCAGGCGACCGCUCUGCUCUUGGACGCCGAAGAGUGCGAGUUCCUCCUCAGCUACCUGCAGGGCUUAACGUCCUUAACCUUCCAGCUUUCCUACAAAUCCGCCGUGUUGAACGAGUGGACGGUCACCCCGCUGUCCCUGUCAGGUCUGUGUCCCGUUUGGGAGCAGCCAGAGUCCCCGGCGUCCGAACCGCUCAGGAAAGCGUCGCUGGGUUCCGCGUCCCAGUCGUCGGAAUCGGACGAGAUCGAGAUCCGACCGUCCGCCCUCCCCAUCGGCAGAGCCGGUGGCAAAGCCAAGCUCACAGCGUCCUCGCUGAGCCUCAACACCACCAGUUCGUCCCAGCUGUCCUCCAGUUUGGGCUCGGACAGCGUCCCCCCACAUCCCUGCGACUCCGACCUGGGCACGGCCACCAACGCGGACCUGGACAGGUCGCUGCAAGAGGUGUUGUCUGAGUUCAGCAAAACCAAACUGAGCCUGGAUGCCCCAGAGGGAGAGCAGGUGCAAAAUGUGCUGGGCUGCUCCCCACAACCACCCGUCUGCCCCCCGGCACCGGCCCCCACAGCUCCUCCUCAGCACCCGCCUCCCAGCACCGCUCGGACGGGUGACACAGUGACAGCCAGCGAAGGGGACGGGGACGCGGCACCGCGAGGCAGCGGCACAGCCGGGGUUUCGGCCCCGCGGCACGGCGGUCCUGGCAGAGGAGAGACAGGCAGAGGCGGCAUGGCUGGCAACAGCGAGGGGACACCAGGGGCGCGCAGCCCCGUGGCCGAAUAUCUCCUGUCCCCACUGCUGGGGUGUCCGAAAAGAAAGAGCUGGAUCUCCGAAGAUGAUUUCUACAGACCUUCUCCAGGAGAUAGCAGUGAACAUACGGCCACCGUCAACGGCUUUGGGCCGGAGGGGGCUGGCGAGGGGCCAGCCCCGGGGCUCAUCAGCGCCCUGGAUUUGGAAAGGCUGUCGGUGCCGUCGUCGGAGAGCGGGCAGCCCAAAACCUCGCCGGAACGGGAACAAAAGGGCUUCAGCGUUGUGCAUCGCCGGCAGAUGGGUCUGUCCAACCCCUUCCGCGGGCUCCUGAAGCUGGGCAGCCUGGAGCGCCGCGGAGCCAUGGGGAUCUGGAAGGAGUUUUCCUGCGAGCUGUCGCCGCUGGAGCUGCGGCUCUUCCUGGACCACGAGGAUCGCAUCUGCGUGGAGAGCUACUCCCUGCUGCGCUGUGAGUCGCUGGCGCUGACACACUCGGACGGCCGCUUCGAGCUGGUUUUCCUGGGGAAGAAGCUGUACCUGCGGGCUCCGUCGCGGGACGAAGCCGAGGACUGGCUGGACAGGAUCCGCGAGGCGCUGCACAAGUGCCGCCCGCAGCUGGAGGAGGAGGAAUGGGAGACUCUCGAGUAUUCAGAAGAUGGUGGUGACGUCCAGAGCGACCCCACUGCUCUCCCCCAGUACAGCGACGCACCUGGGAACGGCUUGGACUGGGCUCCAGCUCAUGAACCAGAGCUGGACGCGAUAAAAGAGGCUGUUCUAUACGUGGACGUAGACAAAACCUGGGUCCCUUUUAUUUUUUCCCUGUCUCUGGAAACUUUAAAGUGCUUUAAAGUCAGGAACAACGACAAAAUUUUAAGCAACAGUUACGGUAUAGAGACCAUCCAGGACAUCGUUCCAGACACGAGCCUUGGGGGACCCGCGUUCUUCAAGGUGAUCACCUCCAAAGCCGUCCUGAAGCUGCAGGCGGAGAAUGCGGAGGAGGCGGCUUCGUGGCGGGAGCUGGUGCGGGCGGUGCUCAUGUCCUACCUGGAGAGCGCCGAGGAGGCCCUGACGCUGGGGGGCAGCUUGGACGGACAGUCCCAGGUAGUGCUGAAGAACAUCGUGAAGGAAAAUGGCUUCUUGUUGCAAUACCUGGUGGCCAUCCCUGUGGAGAAGGGGCUGGACUCGCAGAGCUUCAUCUGUGCAGGCUGCUCCAGGCAGAUUGGCUUCUCCCUCGGCAAAGCCAAGCUCUGCGCCUUCUCUGGCCUCUACUACUGCGACAGCUGCCACCGGGACGAGGAGACGGUGAUUCCCUCGCGCCUCAUCCACAACUGGGACCUGGCGAAACGAGGGGUUUGCCGCCAAGCUUUGAAGUUCCUCACCCAGAUCCGUAAACAGCCCCUGAUCGACCUGAAGCUGGUCAACGAGAGCCUCUACGACCAUGUGGAGAGGAUGGGACGGAUCCGCCGGAGCAGGGAACAGCUGAAGCUGCUGGGAGAUUAUCUCGUCAUGUGCCGCAGCGGUGCCCUGAAGGAGCUGAGCAAGCGGCUCGAUCACAGGCACUACCUCCUGGAGUGUCCCCACAAAUACAGCGUCGCUGAUCUGAGGCAGAUUGCCGACGGCGUCUUCGAGACAUUCCUGCAGUCCCUGCUCCAGUUCGCGUCCCACCACGUCUACAACUGCGACCUCUGCACCCAGCGAGGCUUCAUCUGCCAGAUCUGCAACAGCAGCGACAUCAUUUUUCCCUUCGAGUUUGACACCACCGCCAGGUGCAGCGAAUGCAAAACCGUCUUCCACCGGGACUGCCACGCUGGCGCCAAGUCGUGUCCCCGCUGCGAGCGCCGGCGCAGGUACCAGCGGAGGCUGGAGGUGGAGGCCAGCGCGGAGCCGGGCCUGUAGCAGCCAGGGACCGACCUUGACCCUGACACCGACCUUGGCUUCUCGUCUGAGGGGAAGGGGCCGGUGGGAGGUGCUGAGACCCCCCAUGCACAGGGGCUGAUCCUGCGCCUGGCCCUGGGGACAGGGUGCUGGGGGAUGCGGUGUGGGUGCCGCUGCCCCUCCGUGGGUGCCCCUGUCCCACCCAGGGACCCUCUGCCCAGCGAGAGGGGGUGGAAGGGUCUGUCCCCCACUCACACUAACCCGGUGCCACUGGGGACACUCCCAGUCGCCCUCCCAGUGGAAACCCAGCGGGUGUAAAUCAGGAUUUCCAGUCCAGGGCGUGGAUAACUGACACUGAUUAAAACUCUAGUUUUUUAGGAUGUUUGCUACUGAAAAAAGGUAUUUUUUUAUGUGGGGGUUUUGCACAAGGUGGUCUGCUCCAGGGGAGGUGACAGCAGCCGUACGGGGAGGGGACAAAGUGACAUUUGUGCCUUUAGGGAGCUUGUGUGCCCCGGGGGGGACCCGAACACCCCCUGUUCCGAGAGUCCACCCGUCACCGCGGCCUCUGGGAAGAGAGGGGAGCGAUGCGCGGGGCUGCGCCUCCCCGCCUGCUGCUUUUAGUCCUCAGGAGAAGUUUUAUUUUCCUUUCACCCCUUCCCAUGCAAAAAGUAAUUAAAGUUUAUUUAAUGACAA